AUGUCUUCUACACGAUCUACUGAAACGUUAAAUGAUUCUUCAGUUCACAAGUCGCUUUUAAUUGGUCCACUCCAGAAUCUUGUGAACGAAGGCACCGAAGACGAGGCUACAGGACCGUUGAUUGGAGAUGAACAUCACAAGUUAUGGGUCAAUUUGGUAUACGAAAUGUUUUUGUAAGUCUUUUGAUAGUACGUUUCUAUGUAUACUGUCACUGUAAUACCGUUGAGUGUUGUAACUACUAUUAAAAAUUUUAAAGCUACUACUAUAACUUAUAGAUUCUACUGUAAUAUCAGUUUUAUUGGUAUAUUAUCUCAGAUACUGAAUACUAUUAGAUUGUUCAAAUAAUUCUGUGCCCUCUCUCAAAUAAAAUUUUUGGGAUUAAGAGCACAGAAUUAUUUGAACGACCUGAUCAUAUUACCUAAACUACGUAUUUUAGAACGACGAUGGAUUCACGAAAAUUAGAAAACCGUACGAUUUGUUUGCCUCAGGUGAUCGCUAGUCUGUACCUAGUUGGUGAGAUUGGUCCUACAAACUCGAAUUUCGCUGUCAGAGCAGUUUUGAAUCCUCAAGGCGCUGAAGUACCACGACAUAUCUAUGGCAACAUUCCUUUUUAUAUACGGUAAGGGUUACUUUAUACUAUGAUAUGUAUCUUACCCUACCCUACCCUCCCUAACCUACCCUUCCCUACCCUUCCAUAACAUUCACCUUAUAACAAAUGUUUAAUUUAUAUUGUUUCAGGGAAUGGGAGCAGCAUUUGUCAACGUAUGCAAAACCCAAUGGCUACUGGAGUGCCAGACGAGUACUAGUACACCGAGAGAACAGUAAAAGCUAUGGAGUCGUGACAUUCGUUUUGCUCAAAAAGUUAGGCGUUGAAUUGAAAUUGAGUUCGAAAGAAAACGAAAAAGAACUGAUACAUUGGCUGAGGAGGGACCUUAAGGUAUGUUAUUUAGGUUAAGUUGCAAUUUUCACAUACUUUUUGACCGAUUGAUUUAUAGAACAAUAAAUGUUAACUUUAAAAUUUUUUUUUAGUUUUUCGAUUAGAUUAUGACUAUUAGGUAGUUCAAUUAAUCCUGUGCCCCUCAAAGUAAAUUUUCAGAGUCAAGGACGCAGAAUUAUUGGAACAAUCUAAUCUAUUUAAAUGCCUAAAAAUGUGUGGUUCUAACAGUAAAACUUGAAAUUACAGCUGGUCGAUUCCAAUUUCCAACCAUUUAAGUUAUGGUUGGAUGAGGUUAACGAGCAGUCGGAACAGAACAGAAGAUGCCCAAUCAUUGCCUCUGCUUCACACUUCAGAUUCCAAAUACCCAGCUCGUUUUUAGAUGGAAACAAUGUUUAUACCACCAAGUUUCAGGUAAUUUUACCUGAUCCUACCCUACCCAACCAUAACUUACCCUACUUUAACCUAAUCUACUUUACCUUACUCUACCCUACCCUAGUCAUAGUUAAACAUCAUCUUUCUUUUAAAAUAGAUAUAAAUUAAUUUUCAGUUCAACGAAAAACGGACAGAGAACGUCCUCUCCUGCCUGAUCCAAGCCACGCCCCGUCGUACCAUCAAAUACAUAACUUUAGAUCAAUGCGAGCUAAUUGAAGUCCCAGUAGUCAGCGAACACCUCAAGGUGUACAUCAUCACAAAAUGGGACAAAUGCAUUAUCAAAACUGGUACAGAGUUAACAGCAAAGAUCCAGCUUCUGAGAACGGGCCAAAGCUUCAAAGAAUUGAGGAAGUUGUACUUGCCAAUGUUUGACGAAUCUCAAAACAACGUCUCGAAUGUGGCUGAGUUUUUUGUUAGGUGCAUACGUGAGUUGAGAUUAGAAAGCCCUUUCUUUUUUAAAAAAAUUUUAAUAUGAAAUUUUUAAAUUUACAAAUUUUUUGAAUUCGAAAUUUCAAACCCGUUAAAAAUAUCUUAUCACACCAACUAAACUUAUAAAUAAGGCCUUACUUUAGCUGAUACAGACAAGAGUUACCAAAAUAAUGGCUUCGGAGACCUUGCUUGUGAAGGAGCAGAAGCUUCGAGCUCAUUUACCAACAAACUCACAGCUAAUACCCAGCAUUUCGACUACCUUGAACUCAUGCACCUCCCUCAAGUUACGAGCUAUCAAGAGUAAGCUGAAUUUUUUUUCAUUUUUAACCAACUUAUUAGAGUUCGAACACUUCAGGCUAGCCUGCAAGGUCACUAUUCCCUUUUUUGGGUCAUGACCAAAAAUCCCAACGAUACCUACUACAAUAUCAGAAAUUGCUAUGAAAUCAUGUUAACUCCAAAAGCUGAUAUCUCAAACCAAUAUAAUUAGAUUCCCCAUGCUUUUCUACACUUUUCUGUAACAUAUGCAGCUAAUAUAAUGAGUUUCUUUAAAGUUAUGGUCAAAAAACCACCACCGAUACUUACUACAAUAUUAGGAAUAGCUAUGAAAUCACAUUAAAACAUAAAUAAGUUUAGAUAAUGUUUUAAAGAUUUAUACUUUCAGCAUCGCAACGGUGUCAGAAAAGAGCCAGAAUGAUCAACUAGUUAUCUCAAAUCCCUUUGCUAUCAUCGUAUGGGACACCAAGAAGAAUGUUCCGGUUUACCUGUCAAGAAUCGUCUUACCAAAUCUAUUAAAAGGAUUUGGCGACAAAGUUUCAAGUGCCGAGAAAAACGACGAAAAAGCACCCUCAAAAUGGCCAAAACUCAAAAACUGGUUCAAACCAAAAGCCAAAUCUGUAAAAACUAUGGAUGCUCAACAACGUCGGAGCGGCUCCACCGCGGAAUUAUAA